AUGAUUCCUGCUUCAUCUAUAUGGUUCUGUCUUAAAAGGAUGCCACGUAUCCUAGCUUUGACGUUUAACAUUAUUGUCAUAUUUAUAUCAAUCUUUCUACUAGUAGGUUGUUCUAACACAUCAAAUAUGUCCACAUUCAUCACAAAAUAUACUUUUGAUUCACAAUCGCCUUUCUAUUCAGUGAUUCAAAAAUCGUUUCAAAAUUCAAAAAAGUUAAAAGGUUUAGAAAAUAUUAAAGUUAAAGCUGGUUUCUUGGGAAUUUGCAUUUCAAACAUACCCACAAACUAUUAUGGGAAUAUUACUUCCAUUUGCUAUCCAAAGAAAAAAAUAGACCAAGUAUCGCUGUAUAAAGAUGUCGCUAUUGAACUAAUAAAUCAAUCAACCUCGAAUUCUACAACUCAAGCAGCAGAUUUGAAUAUUCUAGAGUUGGCUAGAAUUACCAACGUUAAUGUGAUUCAUCCUUAUAUUUUAAUUGCAACCAUUGCUUUAAUUUGUGCUUUAUGCCUAUUAGUAAUAUAUGUAACAAUCCCAUACCCAAGUUUACCUUUAAGAUACCAAAUAAAUAAAUUGAUUUUAAUCUGGACAGCUGUAUUAAUAUUAUUAUGGGGGAUCGGAUCUACUUGGCUACAUGUAGGUGUUCAUUCUAGCAGAUUAUUAGUCCCAAGUGCCAGUAUGGGAAUGGUCAAAGUUCAAAAAGGGAAGAAAGCUUCGGCUAUGUCCUGGUUUUGUUUUGCUGGUUUAUUAAUCGAGACUUGUAUUCUAUGGGGAAUCUAUAUUAGAGAUAGAAAGACAUUGAGUCAAGAGAUCAAUGAAAUUCAUACUCAUUCUAAAAAUGACACCGAAAUGAACAAAAAAUAUUCCAUAGAUUCAGAGCCUUACAAUAAAUAUGCUUCAGAUUCUAGUACACUACACUAA